GCAGCAGCAGAAGCCGCAGCUCUCGUCAGCCCCUCCCGCCGUCGCCAUUCCUCGCCCGCCCGGCUCUCUCCUUCCCUCCCUCCCCGGGGCCUCUCGCCUCCGGACCGUUCCUUCCUCCCCAUUCCUCCCUUGUUUUCCUACCCCCUCUCCCCAUUUUCUUUAUUGUUCUCACACCUUACGGCGGUCACCCCUCGUCCUUUGUAACUCCGCAGUCUUGUCUCAUCCUGUGACCAAAGAUUUGACUACUUUGUACAGCUUCUGACAAUAGCCCUGAUCCAACAGAACUAGAAUUAUCAUGGACACCAGUGUGAUUGAAGGAGGCCUGAAUGUUACACUCACCAUCAGAUUGCUUAUGCAUGGGAAGGAAGUUGGAAGCAUUAUUGGGAAGAAAGGGGAAUCUGUUAAAAAGAUGCGUGAAGAAAGUGGUGCUCGGAUUAACAUCUCAGAGGGAAAUUGUCCAGAAAGGAUAAUAACCCUGGCAGGUCCUACGAAUGCCAUCUUUAAAGCUUUCUCUAUGAUAAUCGAUAAACUGGAAGAGGAUAUCAGCAGCUCCAUGACCAACAGCACUGCAUCUAGCAAACCUCCGGUUACCUUGCGUCUGGUGGUUCCAGCCAGUCAGUGUGGAUCCCUCAUUGGCAAAGGAGGUUGCAAAAUAAAGGAAAUUAGAGAAAGUACAGGGGCUCAAGUACAAGUGGCUGGGGACAUGCUGCCUAAUUCUACAGAGCGAGCAAUCACCAUUGCUGGCAUUCCGCAAUCCAUUAUAGAGUGUGUCAAGCAGAUCUGUGUAGUCAUGCUGGAGUCUCCCCCUAAAGGUGUCACCAUCCCAUACCGGCCUAAACCCUCCAGUUCACCUGUAAUCUUUGCAGGUGGUCAGGUGUCGCGCCAAGCCGGAGGGCACGCAUGUGAGACUGACCUGUGGGAGGGGCGAAGGUCCCACACAGGGGGGGUCUCCCUAGAUGCUGUGGAUCUCCAUGGGGCUUACACCAUCCAAGGACAAUAUGCCAUUCCUCAGCCUGAUCUGACCAAGUUGCACCAACUAGCAAUGCAGCAGUCUCACUUUCCUAUGUCCCAUAGUGGCAACACUGGAUUCAGUGGUGGGAUUGAUGCUUCAGCUCAGACGACAUCCCAUGAACUCACCAUUCCAAAUGAUCUCAUUGGUUGCAUCAUUGGACGGCAGGGAGCUAAAAUAAAUGAAAUUCGUCAGAUGUCUGGGGCUCAGAUAAAAAUAGCUAACCCUGUGGAGGGUUCAAAUGAUCGCCAGGUGACCAUCACUGGAUCCACAGCCAGCAUUAGUUUGGCCCAAUACCUUAUUAAUGUCAGGCUUUCUUCAGAAGCCGGUGGCAUGGGAAGCAGUUAGACGUCUUCAGCAUCUCCUGUUUAGCUCACUGUCAGUCUGCACAUACUGCAAACAGCUUUUUUUCAGGUUUUAACUAGUUUGCAAACAGUUUCCUUUUGCUUUCUCUCUUCCACUCGUGGUUUUUUGAGGAUAUUUUUAAUUAAAUUUUCCCCCUUCCAGCUGUUAAAACCUGUUGAUACAGAUUUUAGUUUUCUAAAAGUAUGUCCCGUACCCUAUGAAUUUUUUUUUUUUUUUUUUUAAGGUUUAAAGUCACAUUGUAAAGAGUGGGGUAAUAAAUGCAUUUCAAUUUAGUUCUGUAAUGUCAGGAAUUUUUCAGAAAACAAGUAAAUAAAGACAGACUGGAACUUGUGUGGCCUUUCUUCUUUGUUCUUAUUCUGGAUCCAUUGCUAAUGUUCAGUUUUUAGUAAAGAGCACUUUUCCAUGAAAAUGAACUUGUAGUGUUCUCAGAGCACCAACUUGAAAACCACAGAGUUUGAAGCUUUUUGUUUUCUGCCCAGAACUGUCUCUUUAGGUGUUUUGCCAACGUGCUGAACUACCUACGUAAUCAAUUGUUCCAAAUGUGUAUUCUUUAAAGCAUCUCUAACUCGUGCGCUCUUUAAAUUUAAGGAGCGAUGUCUCUUUAAAGGGGUAAUAGCCCAACUUUUUUUUUUUUAAAUCUUUAAUUUUUAUGCAGAAUUGGUGCUGUACAGUUUUCUGUUACUAAAUAUAUAUACAGUUUAAAUAAAAUUACCUAUUUAAAACUGA